AUGAAAUUCUCGGUUCUCACUACACUCAGUUUACUCGCUACGAUCUCGUCUGUCGUCGCUUUACCAGCUGAUAGAGGUGUUUCAGAAAGACAAGUUUGUCAUUGCCCAAUUGAUGAGCCCGAUUGUGUUUGUGCAUGUCCUGAUGGAAGUCAACCAGUAUGCUAUUACGUCCUAGGUGAAAGGAAAUGUCUUCCUUGCCCUGAAGACACAGAUCUCGAUGCCCUUCCUGGAGAUAAUAAACCGCCUUCAACUUCAACUGUCGCUUGA